AGGCAUAUCAGCCCGCAGACGCCCAGUGGACAGGUGAGCAGAAAAAUGUCUUUUUAUCCCAGUUAUGUUGAUGGAGUUUACACUGAAAUACGCCAGGUAAGAGACAAAAACCUCGUCAGAUGUGCCUUAGUAGCUGGUGUUAUUGAGCAAAACAGUCUGGUCUAAAGGCUUAGAUUUCAUUACAACCGUGUUAGAUCACAUUUCCAAAGACAGUUGACACUAAUAGCAGAACAUGGUCAUGCAAGUAUGCUGAGGCUUCCAGGUGGGCCAGUCGGUGCCUGCCCUUUUCUAAUGUUCAGCAUUAUAUUAAAAAAAAAAAAAAGCCCACACUGUUUCACCACUUGAUGUAUUUUUCCCUCAUAAUAAUGAAUUGUUUUCUCACUGAAAAAAGGGAAGACUGGAAGGUCCAGCUGUGCCCAUGUGUACUUGCACUGUGUGUAUGUGUGUAGGAGGCGAGCACGUCUCGGGCCCCAGUCUGUGCUGGGAGAGGGCACAAAUUGUGUUUUACCAAGUUGGUAGUUCCCCUUCUGCAGACUUCACAUCUGAAUUGGCCCAUUCACAGUGAUAGAAAUUAUCCCGGAAUGCCAAAUACUGUGAUACUUGAACUUCCUGCGUUUGUAGCAUUUUCCGACCACAAGGUCAGACACUCACAUGAAAGGUUUUUGGCAGGCCACCGAGGGUCAUGGGCUGUGGCAUGGGAAAGUCAGAUCAGCGCGAAAAGAAAGAAAGCAUCUCGGUUCCAGGUAAAUAAUUUUAAAGUGAUGCCAUGAUUGAACGUUUGGAUGUGAUGUGUAAUGUAUGGUAAUUCAACUCCACCAUGCAUGUGUCGAAGCUGCUACAGCGAUCAGAGCAGCGCUGCUGAUUCAACGCUGGUACCGUCAGUACGUCGCUCGCCUGGAGAUGCGACGCAGAUGCACAUGGAACAUUUUCCAAUCUAUUGAAUACGCAGGACAGCAGGACCAGAUCAAACUGUACAAUUUUUUCAGCUCCCUCCUGGAACACUUCACUCAGGCCAGCAGUGAAAAUAAAUUAAUAAAUCACCUUCACCGUGAGAAGGAACUCUGCGCUGAUGCAGAGUGGGAGAGAGAGUUUUGCUACAAAAGCAUCGAAGUCCCGGCGAGUUACUCUGGUCCACACUUGACCUUCCCUGUGACCUUCUGUGCCGUGUCAAAGCUGGUAGAGGCCUUCAGGCACAAGCAUAAGCUUCAUGCUCGCUAUGUGCUGCAGCUUCUUGGGGAGACCUGGAGACUUCUGAAAAUCCUUCCAAAUAUAAAUCACAUCUCCACCCACGGUCGCAAGGAGAUAACUAUAUGUGGAGACUUGCAUGGACAGCUUGAAGAUCUGCUCUUGAUAUUCUACAAGAAUGGGUUGCCAUCACCUGAAAAACCCUAUGUGUUUAAUGGCGACUUUGUGGAUCGGGGUAAACACUCCUUAGAGAUUCUGCUCAUCCUGUUCGGCUUCCAACUUCUAUAUCCGAAUGAUGUCCAUCUAAACCGAGGGAACCACGAGGAUCACAUUGUCAAUCUUAGGUAUGGCUUCACUAAAGAAGUGUUGCUGAAGUACAGGAUUCACGGUAAAAGGAUCCUCAAGCUCCUGCAGAAGAUCUUCAGCUCGCUACCACUUGCAGCACUGAUCGACAAGAAGGUGCUCGUGGUGCACGGCGGGAUCUCAGACACCACAGACCUCAACAUCAUCGCCAAGCUUGACAGACACAGAUAUGUGUCGACGCUCAGGCCUCCCAAGUCAUGCCGCCACACAAUGUGGUGGACGAACACCAGCCAAACUGGUGACCAGCGUGACGGGCGACCGCGGGUUUACUCCCUAAAUCAUCAAAGUUCAUGCCGAGGUCAGAGACGUGACCUCCGACGUCGGUCACUCCACAAUCUGACCAAUAGCAGUCAGCCCAAGUGCUCGCUGGAGAAGGAGCUGAAGAGGAGACGCAGACUGGCCGGCUUCCACCAGGCUUACGGAGAGACGCAGAAAUGCGACUCGGGCUCGGAUCCAGAGUGUGGAGAGACAACAGACGAGGAAGAGUGGAAACAGAUCGUGGACUUGCUGUGGAGCGAUCCAAUGCCCCAAAAUGGCUGCAUUCCCAACGAGGUGCGCGGUGGAGGCUGCUACUGGGGGCCAGAUGUGACGGCGGCUGUUUUAGGAAGACACAAGCUCCAGACCCUCAUCCGAUCUCAUGAAUGCAAACAGGAUGGAUACGAAUACUGCCACAAUCACAGGGUGCUGACGAUAUUUUCAGCUUCCAACUAUUAUGAAGUAGGCAGCAACAGAGGGGCCUACAUCCGACUGGGUCCUGAUCUAAUGCCACACCUGAUCCAGUAUCAAGCCGGAAGAGCUUGCACGGAGCUUACAUUGAGACAAAGCGUUGGCUGGGCGGAGAGAUCAGCACUUCGAGCACUGAGAGAACAAUUGUUCAUUCACAAGUCUGAGCUCAUCGCUGCCUUCAAAGAGUUGGACCCAAACCACACAGGUACAAUCUCGCUUGGAAACUGGGUGGGCGGCAUUGAAAGUGUCCUGAAGCUGUGUCUUCCCUGGAGGGUCCUGCGGCCUCAGCUGGUCAGGUGUACCCAACAGGGCCUGGUCAACUACCCACAAUGGAUCAAAGAACUUUCCAUCACUGAGCCAAAACUGGAGAUCUGUGACACCAGCAUCCUGGAGACCUUGUACAAAAACCACUCCAACUUGGAAGCUAUCUUCAGAAUCAUCGACACUGAUCAGUCAGGUUUGAUCUCAUUGGAAGAAUUCCAGCAAACUUGGAAGCUCCUCAGCUCACAUCUGAAAACAGAGCUCAGCAACGAGGCCAUCGCACACUUGGCGCAGAGCAUCGACUUCAACAAGGACGGCAGCAUAGACAUCAACGAGUUCAUGGAAGCUUUCCGGCUGGUGGAUAUUCCGUCUUGACAUUAAGCACAAAUUCAUUUUCUCAGCAAGUUCCCAGGCUGUUACAAAUCUUUUUCGUUAUGAUCUUCACUUGGCUUUGCACAGGGAAGAACAAUAGUAAUUAAAUCUAAAAGCUUAGUAGGACACAGAAAAUACAACACACUAGGGAUGGUCCAUAUGGCCAAAAGAAUUAUCGCAAAGAAUCAUGUUCAUUCUAUCUCAUGUGUUGGACACUACAGUCUCUCUUGAAACUGUUUUAUGAUGAAACUUAGUAGUGGAGUUUGUCUCUAACAUCAUGAUUUGUUUAUGUUUCAAUAUAAUAGUUAACUAAGUGUAGAUAUGAGAAAUUCCAUGUUUCACGUCUCUGGUAGAAGCUGCUGGUGUCUGACAGACUGCUCUGCCAGCUUUAUUUAGGGGUUAAAUUGAGCCAUCUCUCUGCUGUAUCUCAUGUCUCUGAACAGUUGACUUGAACUAUGGACCAGUCUGGACACAUUUCCUAGAUGCUACUGAAGAAAUAUUAGAAAUCAUGUGCAUAAAUGGUCAUUUAGUCAUAUUCUAUUCUCCAAAUCAUGAUACAAACUAUCAGUCCUUUGUCUUGUGUGAUGAAACACCUUUUCACAAUUCUCUCUCCUACAAUGGUUGUUUUCCAUUGCCUUAUUGAAGAUUUCACUAAUACUUUGACCGCUUUAGAAUUUGUUGAUGGUCCCUAACUGAUGCUGGGUCGUAGCAUUAGCGUUGCCUGUGAGAGUGUGUCUGCGAUCAGUGAAACCUAAUGGGGACGCGGAAGAGGACGCCGCCGCCAAUACCGGAGCGGAGCUCCAUCCAAUAUCCAACUAUUUUCACCACGGUGUUUCGCUGAGGUGCCAGUGCAGUGGGAGACCUGCAUGUGUUGAUGUGAACCAAGGCAGACGACCGCGUCAGAGAACCUAUGAGGACCGCUCCAUCUAAUAAAAUAAACACCCCGAGACUCAGAGUCGACCAGUGUCAAUAUCAAAGGUUCCUUGGAUUAAAAAUAAGUUUAAAACUACGAUCAUGAACCAAAAUCCAUCGCACUCUCCACAACUGUCACACGCCGGUGUCGGCCGUCAAACGCUGCAGAGCUGGAGAGAGCGGUGCGCCGUCACGGUCUCAUCAUGUUCACGCUCGCAGGUCCAAAGCGAGUCAGCCGCGUGUUUAUCGUGAGAUGCAGAAUUGUCAUCGUGGAGAUUGUGUUUGGCGGUAUAUACAUCAGCCAUAUCGACCUCACCUACAACAGCGUAAUCCCUUCAGCUGUCAAUCAUCCCUACACGCUCCCAAUCCCUGACAUGAAUCCAUUGAACUCAAGUCUGCUUUGGCGAGUGUCUGUAAAACCUUCAUGUAAACAACAUGAUUAAAUACCAUGAACGACAAAAGACAACACCGAUUUAUUUUGGUGAAUUUUAAUAUUCUAUUGAUCACAUUUAAAAAAGAUACAAAGAUGUAUGUACAAUGUUUUAGACUCAUAAUCAUAUUGCCAAACGUAGGUGGUGUGUUCAGUCAAGCCAGAUUUCCUCCUCUUGUGUGUCCACUGUCGCUCAGUCCGUGCUCAAUCAGUUUUAUAUCUUCCAGGUCGUCCUUGAUAACACUUAUCAGAUGACUUAACCCGUCCUGCUGCUGUUUCAAGUGCUGAAAAAGGAAGACACAAGUCAAGAGUUACUUGUUAAGGUGCUCUCUCUCGCGACUGAUGAACACAACAGCUCACUUCCAUCACUCACUUGUUUGAUUUCUCGGAGAAGGUCUGCAUCAACACUGUAGCGUUCCUCUGAUCUCACUGCUCCAAAGUGGUUCUGCAUGCGGAUUUGGGACAUCAACUCAUUCAACCGGCCCUAUGGGAACAUAAUGUAUGGCUGUAAUGAAGCAACACAUUGCUUGCAGAAAUACUGACCCAUGAAAGGGUCCCUGAUAAUAAAUGUUUGUUUUGUGUGUCACACAGAUUUUUCUUUUGAACUGUUAACAAAACUCAAUAACUUUCUUCUGAAACUAUGCCUAAGUAUGCAGUAUGAAAUGAUCAUAUAUCGCCUAAAUUGUUGGUUCUGUUGAAUUACAAUACUAAAAAGGUGUGAUCCACUUCAAAACUGAUGAAUUUCAGUGCAGAGUUGCAACAAGUGAGAACCGGAAAUGUGCCUCUGUGACAUCACAAGAGCCAGAUUGUGUCGCCAAACCCAUAAGAAUGCAUGUAUGUAAAAAACGCAUCAGUAUCAGACAUUUGUGUUUUCCAGCGAGAGCUGCUGUGUAGGUACUUGCUGUGUUCGUAACGCAUGGUUUUCACAAUAGUGUGGCGGCGCCACCAAGCCUCCAGAAAAAUAAUCUCGUUUUAAAGAUGAGCUCUCACGUGAUCAAAUGUAUUGAAACAUGAAGCGGAAACAUUGUAACAAAUCAAUGAUUUGAGCUUCCUGGGGCAGUUUAUGCAUAAAUAAUAACCUUGAACUGUGUCGGGGCAUUGAGUUCUGACUGAAUGGUGUCCAGCUGCACCCUCAGGUGCUCCUCGUCCACUUGGAUGGCAUAUCCACUUUUCCUCUGGAUCUCUUGUUUAAUCAACACCUAAGGAAGGACAAAACAGUGUUAGGUAAGACAAUGAACACCACAGGAGAAAUCAUGAGGUGACAGUGCAGUGCAGCAAGAGCCAAAUGUACUUUUCAUGUUUUUGAGUCACUGUGGUAUCAGGCAGAGUCAGCCACGGCAUGUAAAACUGUCCGUCCUCCACAAAGAAUCCUUAAUAAUAAAAUAGAUUUUUUUUAAGGACAGAAGUUAAUAUAAUACCCUUAAACUCUUUAAAUUAGGGGAAACACAAGAAGUUGUAACAUGUUAAAUAACAACAUUCCAACCAAAAAAAGGAAAUGUCUUACAACUAGGGAGGGGUGAUAACUUAUCGUUCACAAUAUACCACCAAAAACAGUCUCCACGAUGACAAUUCUGCAUCUCACGACAAAUUCGAUAAACACGCGGUUCACUCGCUGCAUUGGACCUGCACACGUGAACUGAUUUGGAGAGUAGAAUACGACUAAUGAUCACUUAUUCACAUGAUUUCUAAUAUUUCCUCAAUAGCA